GUAACCACCACCGCCGACCCCCGCCCGACUUCUGUCCGCCGUUGCGCAUCGCAUCCUACCCAUCACCCACCCUCAACCACCUCUCUGAAUAGCCAUGGCUCGUACCAAGCAAACCGCCCGCAAGUCCACCGGAGGCAAGGCCCCGCGUAAGCAGCUCGCCACCAAGGCCGCGAGGAAGACGGCGACGGCGGCCGCCACUGGCGGUGUGAAGAAGCCCCAUCGCUUCCGGCCCGGAACGGUCGCCCUCCGUGAAAUCCGGCGCUACCAGAAGUCGACUGAGCUGCUCAUCCGCAAGCUCCCCUUCCAGCGGCUGGUCCGUGAGAUCGCUCAGGACUUCAAGACGGACCUGCGCUUCCAGUCGUCCGCCGUCAUGGCGCUCCAGGAGGCUGCCGAGGCCUACCUCGUCUCCCUCUUCGAGGACACCAACUUGGCUGCCAUCCACGCCAAGCGUGUCACCAUCCAGCCCAAGGAUCUCGCCCUUGCUCGUCGUCUCCGUGGCGAGAGGUCUUAAGCGCGUCAUCAUACAUGGACACGUUUCUUGACCGGCCACCGCUAUACUAUCCCGUCGUCUCUUCGUAUAUUGUCUGUCUUGUGCGGUCCGCCGCGAGACCCUGUAUUGUAUUGUCCUCUCCAUGUCGGCUGUCGUUAUGUAUAAGGCGUAGGUAGACCUCAAAUCUAUUCUUAUGCCCAGAAACCCG